CAGGCGGGCGCGCGGGCAGCUCGCGGGCACCCGGCCGGCCGGCGCGGGAGCGGGAAAGGGUGCGCUAUGCCUUUAACGCCCGCGUACAGUAGACAGUAUAGUGGAGUGUAGGGAAACUCUAGGCGGGGUUAAAGUUCAGCGCGUGGAGCGGCAAGAGCGCUGGCUGCUGCAGUUGAGCCGAGUUGGAAAUGUGAACGCAAGAAGCAGGCUUGAUUUUUUUUUCCUCCCCCCCCCUCCUAGCUCUCUCCUCCUCUCUCUCCCUCUCGCACCCACACUCACGCACACCUCCAGCCCGCACACAGACGUGCACGCACCCCCCGCCGCCCGGCAGUUAUGUAUUCUCCGCUCUGUCUCACCCAGGAUGAGUUUCAUCCUUUCAUUGAAGCACUUCUGCCCCAUGUCCGCGCCUUCGCCUACACAUGGUUCAACCUGCAGGCCCGAAAGCGGAAAUACUUCAAAAAACAUGAGAAGCGCAUGUCGAAAGAAGAGGAGAGGGCUGUGAAGGAUGAACUGCUAAGCGAAAAGCCUGAGGUCAAGCAGAAGUGGGCUUCCCGACUUCUGGCCAAGUUACGGAAAGAUAUCCGACCCGAGUACCGAGAGGAUUUUGUUCUUACAGUUACAGGGAAAAAACCUCCAUGCUGUGUUCUUUCCAACCCUGAUCAGAAAGGCAAGAUGCGGAGAAUUGACUGCCUCCGCCAGGCAGAUAAAGUAUGGAGGUUGGACCUCGUCAUGGUGAUCUUGUUCAAAGGUAUUCCGCUGGAAAGUACUGAUGGCGAGCGCCUUGUAAAGAGUCCACAGUGCUCUAAUCCAGGGCUCUGUGUCCAGCCCCAUCACAUAGGGGUUUCUGUAAAGGAACUCGAUUUAUAUUUGGCAUACUUUGUACAUGCAGCAGAUCUCCCCUAUGACAACAACUCAUUAUUGAGAACCUACUGUGCACCAGGUCUGUAUCCAGCACUCAAAUGUUGAUAUUUCUUCUGACUCAGGAGUUUUUAUUUGAAUUUAGGCAUUCAAAAAAGAAGAGCAAGAUUACAUUGCAUGUUGAGAAAGAGUCAGCCCCGAAACCUGCUUACCCUUUGCUAUUUACAGUAAGUACUUUUGAAACAGCUGUAGGCGCUCAAAUGAAAGUCGCGAUGUGGAGUGGGAAUGUGGGAACCUUCACUUGAGAAGACCUCGCAUUCUCCAGCUUUAUAGCCAGCAGAAAAGGAGACUGUUGUGCGUUCUAUUAAAUACUGCCAGUAUGAUUAAUUUAAAGGGUUACAUUUUAUUGAACCCUGGUGUAGAUGCUCUUUGUCAACCCACAUUCACAGCUAGUUAGAGUGUGUGUAGCAUUUAUCAAAACUUUCUGGAGCCCCCUCACCUCAUUAGCAUCUGAAUCUCUAUUCAGCAGUUAAUGUCCGUUACUGCAAGAGUGCUCAAUUCUUGUUUUCAAUAAGCCAGUUGUAAAAUGUCAGACUGUCACUUACAAUAUAAAAAACCAAAAAUGAUGGUAUUUGUAAAAAUGUUAUCACCUCAUAAAAACAAAUUGUAAAGACAUGAAAGUGAUCUUGCGAUGCUGGGCUUUCAGAAGUGAGUUAGUGCAGCUCCUUUAAAUACCAGUUGUGUAGAUUCCCACACUUUCCUUCCAAAGGAGAGGUUUACACAAGCAUAAUUUAAGUUACAAUUACACUAAUUAACAUCUCAUUUGCAUAAAUUGUUGAAGUCAAAACAACAAGGAAUUGUCUAAGAAGCUUAAUCCUAUUUGUCCAAAAUAGAAAGAUUUUUUUUUUUUAAAAAAAAAAACAUGCUCUAAAAUUUGGCAGCUUGGGUAUGUUUUUAGUGUGUUGAACAUUGUCCUUUAAUAAAUGUCUUUCGACUUACACAAAUAUAUUUUUCCUACUUUUUCUACUCCACUCUUUGUAAAAUGAAAACCACAAUUGGUUCUUAAAUCAGUGCUGACAAGAUUUAAAAUCAUUUAUAUAAAGAAGAGAUGCUAAAUUCAUGAUGAAGGGUGAGCAUGGUGUGCAUGGUUAGGUGAAGGGCUGUGUCUGAGAAUGGCAGGUGAAGGGCUUUGUGUGUGUGUGUGACUGCGCACGGCAGGUGAAGAACUGUACGAAAGACUGUACAUGGGCAGGUAAAGAUUCAUUUGAAACUGAGAAAGGUGACACAAAUCUACAUUCCCGAAUUGAAAAGGUGGAGACAGUUAUCUUUGAUACAUAGCAGGUUUGAGACCACCCUGUGCUACCUGAGCCUGUCUCAAAGACAAAGGGAAAAAGACUCAUUUAAAAUUAGAGAGGUUUCGGAGCCGUGGAGGAAGUUUUCAUACUCACCCAUGAAACUGCUGUGCUCGCUUUCUACCUCCCUCAUUCAGAGUUGCUCAUCUUGCAUGACAGAUGAUGGCUAUGGAGAAAUAAGCACUACCUGAAGCAUGCCCUGGCUUUUACUGUUAACUCUUUCAGUAAUUGUGGUAGAAGCAUGAACAUACCUUGUCAUGUAUGUGAUCUGAAAAGCCGGUAAGAGACUAAAGAAAGACUUGUUCUUGGAUACCACAUUUUGGAUAUUUGAUAUAAUUAGUUUAAAAUGAAUUUUGUCUCCAGACAGGAAACUGCAGUGCAUUCACACUGAAGUUACAGAAUCCCCAAUGGUUUAUUGGCCCAAAAGUGUGACAAGGCUGGGGAUGAGAUCUUCCCUGUAAAUGUGUGUUUCUCUUGGAAGCUUCUCAUUUGUUAAGAGUAUAUGGUUUACUUAUACUAUGUACAAUAUAUAGCUUAAUACUUACUUGCUAGUCUUGAUAUAAAAUAUCUUUUGUAGUUUGACCUUAUAGGAUAUAUAUUUUUCUUUUAGUUUUGAAAUUAUAAUAUAGUUAUUUCAUACCUUCCUUCCUUUUCCUUCCUCCUCAUUCCUCCUCCUUGCUUCUCAAAUUCAUGGACCCCUUUAUAUUAAUGGGCAUUAUGUGUGUGUGUGUGUGUGUGUAUUUCUUGUUCAGCUCACGUUAACCUGUUGCCUUGAAACAGAUUAUUUAACUUGCAAGUUCACAUGAGUGGCAGUGGCAAGUGAACUAUUGUUCUAGGUUUGGUUGUGGGUACCAUCUUAGAUACACACUAUAGUUCUGACUUUAUAAAGUCUACAUUCUUCUUGUGGAUGUGUAAGUACCAAGUGAGAACAGAUUUUUAUAGAAAUUAGGAGGAUUCAUGAUGAAUUUGGGCUGUCUAAGGGCUUGCUGGCUAAAGCUGAAGGUGAGUUCAGUUUCUAGGCUAGGGCAGUAGGAGUAGCUCAGUGUAGCUUAAUAUGUGCCAGGCUCCAGACACCAAAACAAAAUAAAUACAAGCCCCACAACAAAGACACAUCACAGGUCUGUCUCUCUCUAGUGAAGCUAAACUGUUACAUUGCCAAGUUUGUUCUUUAUGGGAAGCUGGUUUUCUGUCAGUUACUCAAGGAAGCCCUGGACUUCUCCUUAAAAGGUUAUCUUUGAUAAGGCUGGGCAUGGUGUGCAGUGUCUGCUUUCAGUCCUCUUGUGACUGUUCUGACAAAGUCUUCAGGAGACUAGAAAGACUGGGAUUCAGACAUCAAUGUGGGUUGAAAUUGGUCCUCACAUCCAAAGACAAAGCUCGGUGCAUUGACUUUUGAAACUACUCAGUCCAAAACAUCAACAAAUGUAUCAUAAUAAUCACUCAGCAGAAGUAAGGGGCCAUGUUACACACUGAUGGGAGAAAAGCGGAGAAAGACAAGAGGCUAUUCUUCUCUUCUGGAUGCUCAUAGCUCUGCUGGGAAGCAGGAAAAACAGUUAAGUGCUCUGUUCUAUGUAGGUUAUGAAGGACCCACGAGGCCCAGGAGAAGUGAACAGUAUUGAUUCAAGUUGAGGACUCUAUGAAGAGGAUGGGAGUACAGAAGAGCCUUGAGGGCUGGCCAGGGGCAUGCAAGGAUGUAACAGUGAGCUGGGCAUUGUAGAAGUCUUGUCGGUUAAAGCUGAUGUUGGGUUGUGGAUUAUAGGACUGUUGGAAGGCAGAUGUCCAGGAGAGGCCAUGAUGGGGAUUAGCAGUGACUCCCUAGUGGGGAGCAGAAGAAAGGCUAGAGCAUAAUGUGCAAACAAUGAAAAUCAUGUCUGUACACAGCACACACUGUGAAGGGUAUGUAGUGCUUGGGUUUUGUCCACAUUCAUUCAGCAAGCACCCAUUGUUUACCCAGUGUCAGCCAUUGAGCAAGGCUACCUGCAAGUAGCUCAUGAGCUUCAAGGGCAAAGUUGAAAGGAUUUGUCCAGUUGACUCUUUCUGAAGAAGUAGAAGGCUCAUGUAUGGGGUGCCCUUGCAGACAUGGAGUUUGGCUCAAGUGUACAUUUAAAGGUUACAUUCCUUUAACUCAUUCUGAGUUGUGAAACUUUGGAAGCCCAAAGAAGCGGGUGUGGGCUAUAACUCUUCCUCCAGAUACCUUCCACAUAUGCAGCCGGAUUCUGCCUUGUAUGCAGCAGUAGCAUGAAGAAUUAAGGCCUGUCUUCUUAGUCUUGUUCCUGUCGAGACUUCCCCUUUACUCCCUUAGGAGUUUAAAUCAGAGGUUAAUUUCUUCUCAUCCUGGGGCCUCGUCAGCUAUUAAUAAAGUUUAAUGAAAUAAAAACAAGGCCCAAGUUAGAGAUUCCAAAAUAGUCCUGGAGUUGGGGAAUACUUCAUUAUCAGAAGAAUUAUUGUAUGGAUUUGUGGAAGCCCCUGCUGACAGUGAAAGCCAGAUUCUUAGUUAAUUAACAGAAUACAAAUAACCCAGUGGUUCGUCUCUGUUACUGUGGUGCUGCUAUCAGCUAUUGCGAAGGUAAGGACUUUUCUUAACUGCAAAUAUGCAGGCAGCACAGAUAUCAAACUGUGUGGAGAUGACCUUAAGAAAGGGGUUGGCUCUGGAACCUUGCCUAGAGGGAAUGAGGACUCAUGAGCUUGAUAAACACUGUCAGUUGUUAAGGCAUCUUCUGAUAGGUGAGAAGCGGUUUUUGAUGGCCCGCAUCUUCUCUAUGGUCUAUUAUCUUGUGAGAAUGACAUUCGUUAAGUUGGUAUCUGUGUGCAUCCCACCCAAAUAAAGAAUGUUUCAUCAGCAAAGUGAAUUGCCAUGUAGUUGUCAGACUCUGGAAAUAAAUUAUCAGUGAUGACUGCAGCCAGUGAGGCUGUUUGCUUAUCAGAUCACUUGAGAGCAGAGACAAGUGAGUUUCAUAUAUUCUUGGGUCUUGAAUUCUCAUUUUCGACAUCUGUUCUGAAGCUUUCUAAGCCAUGGAAUAUUCUAAAUGAACAUUUUCUUAAGUGGAUGAAGCAAGACUUAGUUUCCCCUGUUAGGUGAAACCUAAUUAAAAAUUAAAUAAUGACUUUGUGUUGGCUUGUACAUUUCUUAUUCCUUGCAUGUGUGAGUAUAUUUUGUUAGAACAUUCCAUUUUUAAAAGCAUGAAUUUUUUUCUUUGGUUUCAAGGAAUUCUUAAAACUGUUAUUUGGUUUUUAGAGUACAAUAGGGUGUCAAAACUAGUCUAUUUGUAAGAAUGGGUACGUAGCCUCAUAAUCUAUAUUUUCUGUGAUAUUUUCUGAAGUAUAAUUAGCUUAAUCUUUCUUCUUCACCCUCUCUAGUUCAACUACACCCAUCAGGGCAGUUAACUGAGGCACUGUUCUUUGUAUUAAUCUAGGAAUUCUUUAUAAACGUAAUAAAUGAAUGUUCAUUUUCUUAUAGGCCUUAUUCUCUAAUGGAGCUCUAGUGAAUAUUGAUAGCUUCUUUCCAGGAAUGAUAAUAGAGGUGGUAUGUAUAGAUCUCUCCAUAGAAAGGGAGAGAGGCAUGUUUGUAAUGAGUCACUGGGUUAUGAUAUGAGAUUUGCUUUAGCCUUGUGUUGCGAUUUUUUUUCCUUCUGGAAGUUUAAGACUAUUCUCUAUCCUGAUGCAUUGAUGUCAAGUCUAUUAAGAGAUCAAGAAGAGAAAAAAAAAACAUCAAUUCAUGGGGAGGCAUAAGUUUUUAUGUUAAUAGAUGAAUAGAUGCUGUGGGGUUUUUUUUACAUAAAUAUUAUGUUUUAUUUCUAAUUAACUUUUUGGUGAACAUAACAAAUGUCGUGAGAUUGUUUCAUAUUUCAUUGAUAAUGUCUUAUUAAUGAUUAAUUUUUGUCCUGAUGAGUUUUAGUUUAUUAUUUAGGUAUUAAACUACCAAAUAUAUGUAUUAAGUGCCUGUUGUAUAUGAGUCUCUAAUUCUAGUGGUGAAAACACAUGACAGGGUCCCUAGCCUCAAUGAUCUUGUUAUCAUAUAUGUGUACAUAUAUUAUAUUUCAAAUUAUAUGUAUAUUUCAUAUUAUCAAUGAUGUACAUUAUAUAUCAUGAUAUAUGCAUAUACAUACAUAUGUAUGUACAUAUCAUAAUAUAUAAUGACUAUUUUGCCUUCUACAUAUCUGUGUAUCUGUGUAUCACGUGCAUGCCUGGUGCCUGCAUAUGUCAGAAGAGAGGAUCUCUUGGA